UUAUGCGUCAAUGCUAAGAGUCCUGUCGUAACCAGCCAAGUGGAACUUACAGCAUUACAUCUUGGUACUUUUAAGCGAUCAUCGCCCGGUACCAUAUACGAAGGCAUGGACAUGGACGGAAUGAACAUGGGAGGCGCGACCUCAAGCCAUACCGGAAUGGCGAUGGCUUUCUUCACGGCAACGAAUACGCCUCUCUACUCGAAGGCAUGGACGCCGCAAAACGCUGGACAAUAUGCUGGAACAUGCAUCUUCCUCAUCAUCCUGACUAUCACGCUCCGCGGCAUCUUCACAGCCAAGAGCUUCCUCGAUACGAAGGCAUUGGAAACUGCAAUGAAGAGACGCUACGUCGUUGUUGCAGGCGAAAAGGCGGUCGCAGAGCAGGCGAACGAUGCGAGUUCGACGACCGGUAUUCUGACCACGAACGGCAUGCAAGAGGAUGUCCGGAUAGUGUCAGCACCAGUGAAGAUUGUUCAACCCUGGAGAUUCAGUGUCGACCUUCCACGAGCUGCUCUGAUGAUGGUUGCGACAGGUGUUGGUUAUCUUCUCAUGUUGGCAGUUAUGACUUUCAACGUCGGCUACUUUUUGUCCAUUCUUGCAGGCACAUUCAUUGGAGAACUGGCUUUGGGUCGUUACAACCAGGCGAACAUGGCGAUGUAGGGGCGUUGUUCAGCAUCGAUGCAUCUGAGGUGUUAUCUGGCGACCAGUAGCAAUUUCAUACCGCUUCUACAUCAGUUUCCUGACAAGACUAAGAGCCCGGAGCUCGUCUUGAAACUCGUAUUGUCCGAAUUGUAAUAUGUAGAUCUAUUGAAUCAGGGCGACCUGCAGGGCCCGCAGUUCACGCCUGCCAACGCUGCCACAACCGCUAG